UAUGGAGCCAAAUGGGUGACCUCCUCUACCUCCACCCUACCUGCUACCUCCAUCCUUACCUCUACCUCCACCCUUACCUCUACCUCCACCCUACCCCACUCACCCACCUCACCCCACCUACCCUACCCCACCACCUCCACCACCUCUAACCCACCUCACCCCACCUACCUCACCUACCCACCACCUACCCGACACCACACCCGCACGCACCGACCCUCACCCCACCCGCGACACCCGACCACCCACCCACCCAACCGCAGAACCCAACACAGACCUAAAGCAACGACAACCAUCCACCACCUACCACCACCCGACCCCAACCAACCAACCCUCUACCACCACCACCCAACGCCUCUACCACCACACCCCACCCACCCUACCACCACCCUACCCUCUACCACCACCCAUACCCACUACCUCACCCUACCCCUACCUCCACCCUACCUCUACCCCACCUCCUUACCUACACCUCUACCCACCUCCCCUACCCUCUAUACUCAUACCCCUAUACCACUCUACCUACCACCCUACCCUCUACCACCCCUACCCUCUACCUCUACCCUACCCUCUACCUCCACCCUACCCUCUACUUCCACCCUACCUUCUACCCUCUACCUCCACCCUACCCUCUACCUCCACCCUACCCUCUACCUCCACUCCACCCUACCCUCUACCUCCACCCUAUCCUUCAUGACAAGUCAUUGCAAAGGCAAAACGAGCUAGGAAAACACUAGCAGCCUUGCCAGGCUUACAGCUGUCGCAUAACGUAGCACAGAGAACAAACCAGGGAAAUUAUAUAAUAGGGGAGGAGGAUGUGGGGAAGAAUUGUUGUGCCUCUUAAGUGCUCAGCGCUCACGUUUCCCUGCCUGACAGCCUGCCUGGCUCUAUUCACCCACUCAGGCAGAUAGAUUAGUGGCAGAACAGGUUGGUAAAGGUCACGAUGGGAAGCUGCUUUCCUCACUCCCCAACCUGCUGCUGAUUCCACAAUUAAGUGUGUAUGGCUGUGAGUGUAUGGCUCUUCUUCUGUCUAUUCUCUGGGUUACAUUGGGAAUAAUCUGGCACGUGCUAUAGGCUAUGUGCUAUCCUACUGGCUGAACAUCAAAGCCAACAAAGCCAAUUCACAUUCCUAAAGUCCUAUGGCCCCCUAUGAUUUUCUAUACUCUCAUGAGGACCAUGUUCUCUGAAUUUGAGUUAGUCGACUUGACACAAAAGCCAUAUACUCUACUUAGCCGCUGGCCAAGCAUAUGACAUAUUAUGGCAGUACAGUAUAUAGCAGUAUAGUCAAGCUUCGCCUUGGGGAGACUGUAAAAGCAGAUUAUUAAUUGACCACAUUUAUGGCACCAGUUUUGAGGGCCCCUCACACACACAAACAAACAUAGAAGUAACUCACGUGAGUGUUCAGGUGGACAUGCAAUGUAUUUGGGUGGGUGUGGUGGUGGAGGUGGGGCAAGUCCUGGCUGGGUCAGCAGCAGGCUGAUUGUUUCCAGUCUCAGGAAGUGGCAGGCCAGGGCAGGACCAGCAGGUCCCUGUCAUAAGACUAGCGCUAGCUCUGCUGUGUUAACAAUCAAUCCUGCAGCACUUGCUGGCUGGAGGAUUAUAAAAACACUUGAGCUAAACAAAUACCCGGUGCAGCAGAGAACAAGAGGAAAGAAAAAGGACAGAUUAUCAAAUUUCCCAUUCAAAAUGUAAGGUUACAUGACAAGUGCAUGAUAUUUGGGAAUAUCGUUUUUAUUCUAUGUAUAGACCUACAAUAGGCUAACUAUCACUGCCCUCUAUCUCUGAUUUACAAACUCAGCAAGCUCAAAAAGUAAACCCAAAGUUCGGUACAGUUUACUCUCUCUAUGGGAGAACGUGACUCGCUCUUUCCAUACUGGGGGCGAGUUUAAUGUACAGUAGGCUACAGUGAAACAUUGUACCCCUCUAUACCACAUCAUUCCCGGGGCGCCCCCAGCCCUAUAUUUCUAAAAUCAUGGAACCAUUUUUACAUUUUAGCAGACGCUCUUAUCCAGAGCGACUUGCAGUAGUGAGUGCAUGCGAAGGGCGGAGGGGGAAAAAAUUAUAAACAGAGAUAAAACGCUAUGUUAAUUUCCUUAGCCUAUUUAUAACGACCGCAAAAUAAAUACUGUGGUUUGCCUGACGCAAAAAAAAUAUGUUUCAAUAACCACGUUUCCAUCCACGAGUAGCCUAAAGUCAUAUCUUAUAAAACUAAAUCAUGACAGCUGUGAUGGAAACAGGAAGUUUCGAUGUAAAUUUAUAAACGCAGACAUAUUUUGUUCGUUCGACAUAGUGGGAUCAUUUUGUGUCGGUAAAAUACAAAUAUUUUCGCUCUUAUCCAUAAUAAUCUCAUCAUGUAGACUAGCCAACCCACACAGCCUACCCUUCACUGUAUCUGCGAGCUACUGGCUAGAGCGCGCACGUGCCAAUACCAGAGUAGGCCCAUUUAUAUUUAACGCAACAGCUUGUGACAAAACUAUCCAUAGAAUUGAAAAUGUGAUGGAAACACAAUGAACAUUCGAUUUUUAUUCGGUAGGCCUACAUGAAAACUUAAGCGAAAAAGUACAUCAUCAUGUACUGAUUUUAAUUCCCCAACAAGUCAGUUUGGUGGAAACAUACCACUGGUGGGAAAAUGCGCAUAUUUUCUUUAUGCAUAUUUUAGAAUAUUGGCAUGAAAAUCUGUCGCCAAUUGGAUAGAAAUCUAGCCAGUGGGAGUUAGACUUUGGUUGGCACAGAACCUGCUCGCGCUGUGUAGCUGUGUUUCCAACAUUGUUAACCUUGCUCCACUCUCCCUGCAUGUGCUUGAAUGCACAAUUAUGCCUAUUAAAUUCAUAUCAUAUGAUGAGAGGCUUGCAGCAAAUUCUCAGAGCUGUCCUCCUUUGCAGGGUCAGAGGGGUGUGCAACAUGACAUCACAGUAAAACAUGUUCCAAAACAUGUUAUGCACUUGUAUAAAUAGCAUAUUUUUCAACACCAAAAUGCAUUCAGUACAGCCCUUUUAAAUAUGGCAUCCUAAACUACAGCAUGAACUUUGAGACUUUAAACUCCUUUUCAGAGUAAACUUCUCAGCUAUUUUGUAUAGACUACCUGACUAACUCCCCACUCUGUCUCUGUUUUGCAAACAGGUGGUGUUAUUCUGUUUGCGGGCUCCUCUGGCAGCUCCAGCCCUGGCAGCCCCAGCACCAGCCCUGGCAGCCCCAGCCCCAGCCCUGGCAGCCCGUCCAGUGGGUACCAGACCCAGUCCCCCCCCUCCCACUCCCAGCCCUCCUCCCCAGAGGAGGUCACCUUCACAGAGCUCGGUCCGCUGGGGUCCCUGAAGAGCCAGAGGGGAGGAAGAUGUACCCCUCCAUCCUCCAAACUGGUGUUCCAGUUCCCAGAAGUCUACAAUGUGGCUACAUCAACAUCCACCCAACAGCACACCUACCAACACCCCAUCGCUGGGAAAAGGCCAUGUGGAUUCACAGGAACUUUCACCAGUGAGUUGUUUAUCAAUGUGUUAUUUUCUCUCUUUAAUUCCUGAACCUGAAGGAAUUCAGGUCCAUUACCCAUGUCCCCCAAAUCUUUUGGUCUAAUGUACACAUAUUUUGUUGCUUGUACAAUUGGUUGGUAUUCACCCUCGUAGGCUCACUGAUCUGAUCACGUCUUAUUAUCUGUGCCUCUGUCUUCCUAUAUCUACAGAGACUGGUGGGAUGGUGCUCCUGUGCAAAGUGUGUGGAGACAUUGCAUCUGGGUUCCACUACGGAGUGCACGCUUGUGAGGGUUGCAAGGUAAAGACCCUGACAAAUAAACACAAACACAUACUGUAUAUGAUAUGAUUACAUUACACAGUCUAUAUUACCAUUAAAACCAACCAGGAUGCAAACUAACUUUACAUCUGCUUGUAUUUCCUGUCUAGGGUUUCUUCCGUCGCAGCAUCCAGCAGAACAUCAACUACAAGAUGUGUGUGAAGAACGAGAACUGCCUCAUCAUGAGAAUGAACCGCAACCGCUGCCAACACUGUCGCUUCAAGAAAUGUCUCUUCGUCGGCAUGUCCAGAGAUGGUAAGAGUUAUAGUGACAUCUUAAUGAUAGUGCAGUCUCAAAAUGGGGCAGAGAGUUUUUUGAGGCCAUCCAAUGAGGGUUUAUCAGUUACUAGCUCCAUCAGCACUGCACCAACCUUGUCUUUUUAUCUUUCACCUGAGACAUUGCACUGGCCUACUGUUGAAGGGCACACUUAGGAAAAUACCCUACAUCCACACAGCCUCUUGCACAUUCAAAAGUUUCAAAGUCAGUCUGCCUUUCUCUUGUUCAGACUCCUCCUCUUCUCUCCUCUCAUGUCCCUGCCCCUCUCCAUGUUCCUCAACUCCAUGUUCCCUGAGCUCUCCCUCCAUCCCACUCUCCUCCUGUGCUCUCCCUCCAUCCCACUCUCCUCCUGUGCUCUCCCUCCAUCCCACUCUCCUCCUGUGCUCUCCCUCCAUCCCACUCUCCUCCUGUGCUCUCUCUCCAUCCCACUCUCACCCUGUGCUCUCCCUCCAUCCCAAUCUCCUCCUGUGCUCUCCCUCUAUCCCGUGCUCUUCCUCCAUCCCACUCUCCUCUCCCUCCAUCCCGCUCUCCUCUCCCUCCAUCCCGCUCUCCUCCCGGCUCUCCCUCCAUCCCACUCCUCUCUCCAUCCCACUCUCCUCCUGUGCUCUCUCUCCAUCCCACUCUCCCCCUGUGCUCUCCCUCCAUCCCACUCUCCUCCAUCCCACUCUCCUCCUCAGCUCCCUCCAUCCCACUCUCCUCUCCUCCAUCCCACUAUCCUCUCCUCCAUCCCACUCUCCUCCUCAGCUCUCCCUCCAUCCCACUCUCCUCCUCCCUCUCCCUCCAUCCCACUCUCCUCUCCUCCAUUCCACUCUCCUCACCCCCAUCCCACUCUUCUCUACGACAGUGAUUUAUGAGAACAGGAGCUUUGAAGUCCCAAAAGCUAUCUGUCAUCCAGACUGCAGCAAACAGGAAUUAUUUUGGGAAAUUGGAACAGGGGCAACUUGAUUACCUUGUGUACUGUUUGCCCUUAUAACAUCUUGUGGAAUUAAUUAGGGAUACAGCAAACAAUUAAGCUUGAGAUGCAUUAACAAAACAGCUUGGCCUUGACACGCAAUUAAUCAAUCUUUAUCAUACGCUUUUAGUCUUAAUAAGCUAAAUAUUGAUAAAUUGCCCCAUCACAGAUUACAAGAAUACGUUUCGGUGUAUUUAAAAAAAAGCAAAGAUGUGACCUAUAGCAUAGUGGUAGAUCGUGACCUCGUUGGAAUUGUUUGCCUGCCUCCUACUCUUCUUCCUGUCAGUGUUGUUGUAAUUAUCUGUAGAGUAAUCUAUUCCUUAAUCUACGAGAGAACCAAGUGUGAUUUAUGCAUGCGGUCGACAGUUUGGUUGCUCAAAGGUUGAGUACAAUAAACGAGGGUAGUGUAGAGUUUUUUAAAGGGAACAAACACUCAUUUUGACCCUAUUAAAAAAAUAUGUUGUCGCAAUUGUCAAGAACCGCAACCUAGAAACCUCUUUCCUUCUGCUGCAACUGUUGCGAAAACAGGAAAACCUCAGUCAACUGCCUGCAGUCCACAUUAAAGAAUACGCCCUAAAUUCUCAGGAGCCUGAUGAUGUGUGAUUCUGUAUCUUGUGAUAUCGUAUAGGCAAGGCAAAUAUUUAAGUCAGUUGGCACAGUAGUGGCAUACUUUCCCUCCCUGAAACCAGUUAAUCUUCUUAAAGAUACAGUCCAUACUUCCAGUGCUUUUAUUUCAUUCUCACAUACUGUAAUGACUAGACACUACAGACUAAUUUCAUGCCAUAUAAUAGUAAAUCCAUGUAAACUAACAUAGCAGAUCUCCUCUAACCUCAUGCCACUGUGCAUAGCCCUUUAGCUCAAACUAGAUCGAUGAUCUUUAGGGACAGUGCAGAGACCCAACAGAUCAUGUAAUGAUGCCAGAUUCGUUAAAGGCCCAGUGCAGUCAAAAACAUGAUUCUCCUGUUUAUAUAUAUAUAUAUAUAUAUAUACAUACAUACAUACAAAUAUAUAUAUAUUUCCACACCAUGAGGUUGGAAUAAUACUGUGAAAUUGCGAAAAUUAUGAUAAUGCCCUUGUAGUGUGAGCUGUUAGAAUUUUUUUACCUGUUUUGGUGGAAUGGUGACAUCACCAGGCAGUUAAUUGGAUAAUAAACCAAUAGGAAAGCGAGUUCAAAACCUCUCUGCCAAUAACUGAUAGUUUUCAGUUUUCCCCUCCCCACUCAGACAACUCCCAGACAAUCACUCUCUCUAAAGGCCUGAUUGGUGGAGUGCUGCAGAGAUGGUUGUCCUUCUGGAAGGUUCUCCCAUCUCCACAGAGGAACUCUAGAGCUCUAUCAGAGUGACCAUCAGGUUCUUGGUCACCCCCCUGACCAAAGCCCUUCUCCCCUGAUUGUUCAGUUUGGCCGUGCAGCCAGCUCUAGAAAGAGUCUUGGUAGUUCCAAACUUCUUCCAUUUAAGAAUGAUGGAGGCCACCGUGUUUUUGGGGACCUUCAAUGCUGCAGACAUUUUUUGGUACCCUUCUCCAGAUCUGUGCCUCGACACAAUGCUGUCUCGGAGCUCUACGGACAAUUCCUUCGACCUCAUGGCUUGGUUUUUGCUCUGACAUGCACUGUCAACUGUGGGACCUUAUAUAGACAGGUGUGUGCCUUUCCAAAUCAAUUGAAUUUACCACAGGUGGAUGUAACAAUGAAGCUGUGAGUCGAGAAGCAGGUGCAGGUGAAACGUUUAAUAAAACAACAAACAUGAAACGAGACAGCGUAACAGUGGCGAUAUAGCAUGAUCACAGGAACAAUACUGACUGAGGAAUGAACGUAGGAGGACAGAUAAAGGGGAGGUAAUGAGGAAGGUAAUGGAGUCCAGGUGUGAAUCAUAAUGAUCUGCAGGUGUGUGUAAUGAUAAAUCCCAGGACCGGUAGUUAGUAUUCCGGUGACGUCGCACGCCGGAGGGGAGGAGCAGGAGUAGAUGUGACAAUGGACUCCAAUCAAGUUGUAGAAACAUCUCAAGGAUGAUCAAUGGAAACAGGAUGCACCUGAGCUCAAUUUCGAAUGUCAUAGCAAAGGGUCUGAAUACUUAUGUAAAUAAGGUAUUUCCGUUUUUUAUUUAUAAUACAUUUGCAGAAAUUUCUCAAAACCUGUUUUUGCUUUGCCAUUAUGGGGUAUUGUGUGUAGAUUGCUCAGGUUUUUAAUUUUUUUAAAUCAAUUUUAGAAUAAGGCUGUAAUGUAACAAAAUGUGGAAAAAGUCAAGGGGUCUGAAUACUUUCCGAAGGCACUGUAUGUUCAUGCUUGCACUCUUCUUAAUCAUUCUUAUACACAAUUUACAUUUUGUCUCAUGCAUUGUGCUGGCUGGGUUGGAGAACUCUCACGAGGCAGGACUGCUGUUUGAAGUCUACUUCUUAUCUCACGCGCCACCUUGUGGCGUCUCACACUCCUCACUGACUACUUUCGCUCUGUAAUCUCCUACUUCACUCCUCCUCUUCACUGUCACUUACCCCCUCCAUCCCCUGCAACCUAUACUUCCUGCUUCCCUCACUCCUUCUCUGCAACCUCUCCAUCCUCCCUCCCUCCCUCGUUCUCUGCAACCUCUCCUUCCUGCGUGCUGAGAGCCCAUAUCUCUUUCCGCAGUAGCAGUGACAUCACGUUCACGAUGACCCACUGCCCUACUUACAGAGCAGAGAAGGAGGGAGGGAGCGAGGUAAGGAAGGAAGGAGAGACGGAGAGAGAGAUAGAGAGGAGGAGAGAGAGGGGGUCUAUCAAUAGCAUCUCCAGCUGAUGGAUAUUUUUGGAGAGGGUGUAGGGAGGAGGUAGGGAGGAGGAGAGGGGGUAGGGAGGAGGAGAGGGGGUAGGGAAGAGGGGAGGGGGUAGGGGGUAGGGAGGAGGAGAGGGGGGAGGGAGGAGGGGAGGGGGUGGAGAGGGGGUUGGGAGGAGGGGAGGAGGUAGGGAGGAGGAGACGGGGUAGGGAGGAGGAGAGGUGUUUGGGAGGAGGGGAGGAGAUAGGGAGGAGGAGAGGGGGUAGGGAGGAGGAGAGGGGGUAGGGAGGAGGAGAGGGGGGCUUGGAUGAGGAGAUGGAGGGAUGGGAUCCACUACAAGACUUACACAAUCUGCUCAGAUUCAUCCAUAUGGAAAAUACAACAAGAUACAAUUAACGCAUUUUAGUAAUCAAGGAUAUGUGUGAAUAUUUUGGUUUCUGUACAGACCAUUUAAACACAUUCCUCCAAGUCUUAUCAUGUAGGCUACUAUAGGUGUUAACCAGUCCCUUCUGUUUGUGUCUUCCUCAGCUGUGCGUUUUGGCCGUAUCCCUAAGAGGGAGAAGCAGAGGCUUCUGGAUGAGAUGCAAAGCUACAUGAACAGCCUGAACGAGUCUAACACCAUCAUGGACGUAGACUCCUCCCCCAUCUCCGAAGCCCCUCCCAGCCCAGCAGAGGUUCCUUCUAAAGAGGCUAUUGGAGCCAUCUCACAGUCCUAUCAGGACAUCUUCGCCAGCAGCCAAGGCAGGGCAGCCAAGACGGGCAUCAACAUCAAUAACAACAAUAACAACCUCCCAACAUCCUGCCCCUUCAAGAGUAACGCAUCUCAGGAGACCUCCUAUGGCUCCUCCCACUCCGGCUCAGGCUCUACCCAGGGGUAUCAGUCCUGUCCUGCAGGCCCCGUCCCUUGCUGCUCAGUAACCAAUGACAACCACCAUACAUUCCCGUCUGUGGACAACAGCUGCUAUAGUUACCCUGCAACAUCCAAUCAGAAUCAUGGACAGUCCAAUAUUGGCAUGCCUCAAAGGGGCAGCCCGACAAAUCAUAACUGUUUCUCCAUGAAGGAAGAGACCCAAGAGACCCAAACUCAGACUUCCUGUCCAUGGAAGUUAGCAGUGGGCACCAAAGUGUUGGUGAGUAAAUGGAGAGUUGUUAUAAAGUUGGUAUUAAACUUGACUUUUGUUAAGCUGCAAAACUAUAGUGUAGUGUGAUUACAAUCUACCUGUAUCUAACUCUCUCUAUCUAGCUUUCUCUCUCUAUCUAACUCUCUCUCUCUCUAUCUAACACUAUCUAACCCUCUCUUAACUUUCUCAGGCUUGUCCUCUCAAUGCGUGUCCUGUCUCUGAGGCCAGUCGUUCCGGCCAGCAGGUAUGGGAGUCUUUCUCCCAGUGUUUCACCCCAGCAGUGAGGGAAGUGGUGGAGUUCGCUAAGGGCAUCCCUGGCUUCCAGGAUCUCAGCCAGCACGACCAGGUCAUGCUGCUCAAAUCAGGCACCUUCCAGGUAGUAACCGCUUGUUUAGUCCAGAACUAGGUUUUAUCUGGGCCCGGGAAACCGGCUCUAAAUCAGAUAUUUGUUUGUAACUCCAGCUGAAAUGAAGUACAAAACACCUCUUAAUUUUCUCUCCCAAUAAAUGUAAUCCCACUCCAUGUUGGCUAACCUUUCCAUUGUGCCUUCUGUCUCGGUCAGGUGUUGAUGGUGAGGUUCUGCACCCUGUUCAACCCUGAGGAGCGGACGGUGACCUUCCUGAACGGCCAGACAUACCCUCUGUCCACCCUGCGGGUGCUGGGAAUGGGGGCGCUGCUCAACUCCAUGUUUGACUUCAGUGAGAAGCUGGGAACUCUGAGGCUGGAGCCUGAUGAGAUGGCUCUGUUCAUGGCCGUGGUGCUGGUCUCUGCAGGUGAGACAAACAGACGUUUAAUUCCUUAAUUUUUCCAAGCCAUUUAGUUCAUCUCUGAAGCAAGAGGAGGAGAGUUUGAACAACAUGACAAUAGCCAGUUUAGAAAAUAUAGUAUUGCAUUUGUACCUUGACCAGUAUGGAGAUAGGCUUACAUUUGUACCUUGACCAGAAUGGAGAUAGGCUUACUUGAAUGGUAUGAUUUUUUUAGAAUAUAUUUUUGUAUUUAAUCAUGAUAACGAUAAACAUAACGAUAAACUAACCAACCACAAAGCUGUGCUGACAUCCAUAAAUAGAUAUUGCUGUUUCUCAAACAAACUCUCACCCUGUCUCCUCUCGUCUUCUCAGACCGUUCAGGCAUCGCUGACAUGGGUGCAGUAGAACAGCUCCAGGAGGGGUUGAUCCACGCCAUGCGUUCUCUCAUCCACCGCCGUCGUCCUGAAGAGAGCGCUGCCAUCUUCCCCAAGCUGCUCCUGCGCCUGCCCGAUCUGCGCACCCUCAACAACCUGCACUCAGACAAGCUGAUGGCCUUCAACAUUGACCCU